ACAGUAAUAUGUAAUAUGUUUUUCCAGUUCGCGAAUGUUUUUCUUUUAAAUAUAUUUAUUUCGACUUAUAAUUUAUCACUUGAAACGGUUGAGAGUUUUUUAAUUUCUUUUAUAACAGAAUCAGAAAUCGAUACUAUAGAUGGAUAUCGAACAGAUUUUGGAUUUGUUAGAAACAAAAAAGAAGAAUAAGACGUUUGUCAAUUUGUUUUGAAUCUGGUGAGGAAAAGCAAUAACAGAAAAAUGGGUAUAAAACAUUUGUGGAGUAUUUUAACUCCUUUUUGCGAAAGGAAACCUUUGUUUGAACUUCAUGGAAAAACUGUUGCCGUAGAUUUAUCCUGCUGGAUAUGUGAAGCCCAAAAUAUUGCAGAAUAUCAAAUACAGCCCAGAAUGUAUUUAAGAAAUUUGUACUUCAGAACUUGCUACCUUCUACUGCUAGAUGUAAAUCCUGUUUUUAUUUUGGAAGGUAAAGCACCAGAAUUAAAAUAUGAAACUAUUGCUGCUAGAAAUGCCUUACAAUUUAAAGGGGCAAAACCUAAAGCAGAUGGUAUAAAAACCGGCAAAGACAGAUCUAAAUUUAAUUUUAUUUUGAAAAGAUGCCAAGAAAUGCUCCAUUUGAUGGGACUUUCGUGUAUAGUAGGAAAGGGAGAAGCUGAAAGUUUAUGUGCAUAUCUUAACGAUGAAGGGUUAGUGGAUGGUUGUAUAUCACAAGAUUCAGAUUGUUUCGCUUAUGGUGCUAAAGUAGUUUAUAGAAAUUUCUCAGUUACUUCUCAAGGGGCUAAUAAAUCAAGUGGUGGUGCUGUUGAUAUCUAUGAUAUAGCAAAAGCCAAUGAAAGUAUGAGUUUUGGUAGAAAUAAAAUCAUUGCAAUGGCCUUGUUUUGUGGAAGUGAUUAUGGUGAUGGUGUCCAUGGAAUUGGGAAAGAAACUGUAUUGAAAUUCUUCGAAGAUUUAUCAGAUGAAGAGACAUUAAACAGGAUACGUUCUUGGAAACAAACUCCUGAAGUAUAUGAGGAAUAUGAGAGGUUGAUAUCUGAUAAAAAUAUAUGUACAUCCUGCGGACAUCGUGGGAAGAUAAAUGCACAUAAUAAAAGUGGUUGUGGCCCUUGUGGAAUGAUGAAAGGUUGUUCCGAUAAAGAAUACAAAAUGAAAAGAUUCAAGAUAAAAAAUGAACUGCAAUUGAGAAGUAAAGCUUUACUGGAUCCCAAUUUUCCAAACGAAGAUUUAAUUAGAGAAUUCUUAUCAAAAAAAGAGAGAAUUUCUAAACUAGAUCUUGAAUGGAAGAAACCAAAUUUAGUGGAAUUUGUACGCUUUACCACGAAAUAUUUGCAAUGGGAAGAAAUUUAUGGAUUUGAAAAGAUACUUCCUAUUUUAACUCGGUGGCAAUGUCUUAAUUAUGAAAAUCUGGAUUCAGAGAAGACCAACGGCAUUGUAUAUCCAGAUUACAUAAAAAAAAUACGAAAUCCGAAAGGUGUUCCCAGUUAUGAAAUAAUUUGGUCAGAUCCGCAAGGAUAUUUUACAAAUCUCAUUCCCAAAGAACAAAUCGAAGAUUCCAAUACGAAUGUGGAAGAACUGUGGUCGACGAUAGAACGUCAAGACUUAAUUAAUAAAGCUUAUCCAGAAUUAGUAGAAACGUUUCAAGAAAGUAAAAUUAAACCGAAGAAAUCUACUAGAAGAAGAAAAAAAGAUGCUACUAUAGAAGGGAUUGAAGGAAUGAUGAAAAAUACUUCAAUUUCAGAGCCUAAAAUCAAGAAAUCGAGGAAGAAAAAGGAAAACCAUGAAAAAAUCCAACAACAAAUAAAGAAACCUACAGUGUUGGAUAAUUUUUUAAAAAAAGCGAUAUUGAAAAAUCACAGAGAUAAAAAUAAUUUGAGAAAUGAAAUUGAUUAUCAUACUUCAACACCAUGUAAAUCGUCAACGAAUCUAAUGGACAUUUCAAGAUUCGGUGAUGAAGAAGAUGAUUCUGAUCUGUCAGAUAUAAUCGAUAAUAUUAUUUCUCGAAAACCAGCUGGUAUACAAGAAAAUUUAGUAAAACUGAAAGACGUUGUCAACUUGGAAAAUGAAAUAGGUGACAAAAAUUCCUCGAGUUUCUUCAUUACUGGACCGGUAGAAAAUGACUUGUUUGAAAAAACUUUUAAUGAAAUGUUUCACUGUGAUACUGACAGUACUGUGGAAUAUGAAUAUGAUAAGCUUGAAUUUUCAGAUGACACUGAACCUGAUCAAAAGGAAGAUAAAUCUGAAGAAAAUAAUGAAAUAGUAAACGAAGAUAUCAAAAGUGAUGAAAAAGAUGAAUACAGUUUUUGUAAUAGUUAUGUACCGUUAAUAGAAAGGAUAAAAAAGAAAAUGUAACCGUGAAAAACUCGAAUUUGUUAAUAUACGAGGUGUUUUCAAAGUAAUCGACGUCUAAUGGAUUGAGGAAACUAAUAAAAGAACCAAAGAUUAGUACAGAAAAAUGAUAUUUAAUGAUUUGCAUUGAAUUAUCUUCUUUAACUUCUAACAACUGAAAAUGGUAAUUUGAAGUGAUUGUUUAGAUUUUGCAGAAGAAAAAGAGAGAUGUCAACGUCAUUUUAGAGAAAUAUAGUGAUUGUUGGAUAGUUUUUACCAAUAAUAUCAAGAAUUUUUCACAAAAUGAAACAAAACAGGAUGUUAAAGAAAAAUAAACAAGAAGUUCUAUGAAAUACCACAAUAUCUUACUUGGUAUGUAGUAUAUAAUGGAAUAAUCAUGUACUAAAGCAGAAUAAAAAGAACAUAUUAAGAAAAAUUAGAGUGGAGAUGCAGUAAAAGACCUAGAAUAUAAAUAGAAUUAAAAUAUACAUGAAACGGAAAAGAAAUGAAUAAAUUUCAUUUUUCUAUAUGAACUGUAGUGUAUUUGCUCUUAAUUAUCUUGUAUGACUUCUAACGAAUGAAAAUAAGUGCUAAUUUGGAUUCUGUAAAGAAAAAGAAAGACAUUGAAGUCAUUUUAGAUAAAUAUGAUGUUUGUUGGAUAGUUUUGACCAAAAAUUAUAAGCUUUUUGAGAAGAUACCACAGUUUCUCAAUUGAUACGUAGUGUACAAUAGAAUAAGCAUGUACUAAAGCAGAAUAAAAGGAAAGUGGCAAGAAAAAUAGAGCAAAACCCUCAUAAAAGAUGAAGAAUACAAGUGAGUUCAGAAAUGACAUGAAACAGCAAAACAAACAAAUCAGCUAAAUACAAUUUUCAUUUUUCCAUAUAUACUGUACUAUAUUUGCUUUGAAUUUUCUUUUCCGAUUUCUAACGAAUGAAAAUAGGUACUAAUUUGGAUCUGUAAAGAAAAAGAAAGACAGCGACAUCAUAUUAUAGAAAUAUGGUGUUUGUGGAACAGUUUUGACCACAAAUAUUAAGAAUUUGUUACAAAAAGAAACAAAGCAGAACAUGCAAGAAGAAUGACCAAGAAUUUGUAUGAUAUUUGAAGAAAUUCCACAGUUUCUUUCUUAGUAUGUAGUGUAACUAUCAUCUUGUAACCAUGGAAGAAGCAUAUAUUAUAAGAGAGUAAACAAAAAAGAUCAAGAAACAAUAGAGUGAAGCUGCAGUAGAAGAUCUAGAAGAUAAGUUAGUCUAAACCUGGAAUUAAUUAAGAAAGGCAGAAAUCAAUGAUCUACAUACAAUUUUGUUCUUUUGAUUUACACCAGUCAUUGUUUAGUUUGUUUAAAACGCUACAUCUAUCUUAAAUUUUGUAUUGCAACAUUUCAUUUUUGAUAUUUCUACCCAAUCACAUAUUUUUGACGAGAAUCUCCAUAUUCUCCCAAAACUUAAAUUACCACUUAGAAUUACCAGGUUUCAAUUCAUAGAGCAUUGAAGUCGGUUCCUGAAAAUGUGCUUAACUUUAUAUUUUGGAGAGACAUCUUUUAAAGGCGAUUUAAUAAAUUUUAAUAUUUAUGGUGUUCCAUUGA